AAGUAAGAAAUAAUUUAAAUUCAAACACGUACCGGAUGUGGGUCCUAAUGUUUUCAUAGAUGAGGUCGACCCAGCUUUUUAGUGACAGAUACACAAAUUUUUCCCUAGAAGGCUACAAUCAGACAGAAAAGAAGUAAAUAACUAAAUAAGUGAGGAUAGUAGAUAGUCAAAUAGUAUACAAGCCGGCCCAUCCUCGUGUCGACCAUUUCAAACGUGUGGGGUCAAAAAAGUUGGCUUGACUUUUCAUUGGUCCCAAUGGGCCCCACAUCUUGUCCCACACCACAACAAAAGUAGGCUGACUGGUCCUUUUCGACUUGCCACUCCCAAGCCGCCACGUGACACCAUGGUCUCCAGACGUUGAUUAGUUAUAUUCCCAAAAUCCCCAUUUCUUUUCACAAAAUUCCCAAUCAUCCACGUCUUAUUGUUCGGUGCAGUUUAUGGAAAAAGAGAUAGAAACAGAGGAUCCCAACCUUUCCUCAUCCACUCGCCUAUAUAAGGCCCGCAACCUCCUCGCUUGAAUCCUUACCGAGUCUCUCAGAGCUUUCUCUUUCUUCCAUUUCUCUCUCCUGAAAUUACUCUCUCUCUAGUAAUUAGCUCGCCGGAGUCUCUACCAGAACUGGCUAACUCACCGGAAAUUCUGGAGGAGGUUGAUGCGAGUAACCAAAGGGUGGUACGCGCCCUAUAUGAAGCCUUAGGCUCACGUGACGUCGACACGGUCCAUCGACUUCUCGCCGCCGACCUCGAGUGGUGGUUCCAUGGCCCGCCUUCCCACCAGUUUAUGAUGCGCUUGCUCACUGGUGUCUCAUCCGACGAGUCAUUUGUCUUCGAGCCACUCGCCUUCGCGUCUUUCGGUUCGACAGUCCUCGCCGAGGGCUGCGAUCACAGCGGUUCAAUCGCCUGGGUCCACGCCUGGACGGUCACUGAUGGGGUAAUAACCCAAGUCCGAGAGUACUUCAACACCUCCCUCACCGUCACCCGUCUCUCCAACUCCGACUUCACGACGUCACCCUCGUCGUCGAUCUCUGCCGCGUCGUCGUCGUCGACUCCCUCGCCGCCGUCGCGCCAUUGCCCCUCCGUCUGGGAGAGCAGCUUCUCGGAUCGGGUCGGAAAAUCGGUUCCGGGUCUUGUCCUGGCAAUAUAAGGAAACGUGCCGAUCACUUGCAGCCGUACGCAAUAUAAUAAUAUACAAUAAAUAAAUAAAGAAGGAGUGAUUUGGCUGCCACUCCCGAUUUCCAUAUGGGCUGAACUCACCGGAAUCUCUCGUGUCUGGUGGAUGUGGAGUCCAAGGUUCUGUUUGGCUCUUUUGUUUCUUCAUCCAGUGUGUCUUAGUUAUCCAGUACUUUGGUUGCAGUAUUGUACCGUGUGUCAGAGUUUGGAAGAACCAAUCAGAUGGAGAUGCCUUCUUGGUCAUAUCUUCAUCACCAGUGUGUAAUAAAAUGGUUUCAUAUUUCAAUAAAUAUGUAUUCCUCCGAUUGCCUUA